UUUCACCCAUCCAGGUUAACGUUUUCGGCAGACCGGUCAUAGUGAGGGAAAACAUUUCCAUCCGCUCACUCAUUACUCAUAGCUAAAAUUAUUCCACCGGUUCGGAUGACUGUAAAACAUCGUGACGAGUUAUGAAAUAAGGGUGAAGUCUGUGGGGUGCUAGUACAAACGAGCUUGAAAUCACGGCACCGGGUACCGUUGAAUGAUUCACAGCGCGUUACUGUUAUUACGGUAGAAAGUGUCUUAAGAAAUCGAAGCAUCCCCUAGCUGCUAGCGCAAUGUUCAGCUGGUUGAAACGGGAAACGAAAACGGAAGAGGUGGUGGAAAAUGUGUUGGGUGAGCUGAAAAAAAUUUACCGCGGAAAACUGUUGCCCCUGGAGGAGCACUAUAAUUUCCAUGAUUUCCACUCGCCGAAGCUGGAGGACUCGGAUUUCGAUGCGAAACCUAUGAUUCUGCUGGUCGGCCAGUACUCCACUGGCAAAACCACCUUCAUUCGGUAUCUGUUGGAGCGCGACUUUCCGGGCAUUCGGAUUGGUCCGGAACCGACAACGGAUCGCUUCAUUGCCGUUAUGUACGACGACAAGGAAGGAAUGAUUCCGGGCAAUGCGCUCGUGGUUGACCCGAAAAAACAAUUCCGUCCCUUGGAAAAGUACGGCAACGCUUUCCUCAACCGUUUCCAAUGUUCCCACGUUCCGUCGCCGGUGCUACGUGCGAUAUCGAUCGUCGACACGCCUGGCAUACUGUCGGGAGAAAAACAACGAGUGGACAGAGGGUACGAUUUCACCGGAGUACUGGAAUGGUUCGCAGAGCGUGUGGAUCGCAUCAUUCUUCUGUUCGACGCACACAAGCUGGACAUUUCCGACGAGUUCCGGCGCUCGAUCGAAGCCCUGCGCGGACACGACGAUAAGAUUCGUAUAGUGCUGAACAAGGCCGACAUGAUCGAUCAUCAGCAACUGAUGCGCGUAUAUGGCGCCCUGAUGUGGUCUCUCGGCAAGGUGCUGCAAACUCCGGAGGUCGCUAGAGUUUAUAUAGGAUCGUUCUGGGAUCAACCAUUGCGAUACGAUGUGAACAGGCGGCUGUUCGAGGACGAGGAGCAGGAUCUCUUUCGCGAUUUACAAUCGCUACCCCGGAACGCGGCCUUGCGUAAGCUGAACGAUCUCAUCAAACGGGCUCGACUGGCGAAGGUGCAUGCUUACCUUAUCUCUGAGUUACGGAAGGAAAUGCCCCAGAUUUUCGGAAAGGAUAGCAAGAAAAAAGAGUUGAUAAAAAAUCUCGGCACCAUCUAUGAUCGUGUGUGCCGCGAACACCAGGUGUCGAUCGGUGAUCUACCAGAUCUCAAGAAAAUGCAGGAAGUGCUCGCAAAUCAGGACUUCACCAAGUUCCAUUCGCUCAAAAUGCCGCUGCUAGAAAUUGUUGAUCGUAUGCUUGCCGUCGAUAUUGCCCGAUUGAUGAGUAUGAUUCCGCAGGAAGAGAUGCAACUGGUUUCGGAACCGCUUAUCAAAGGACAAACUAAUGGUCCAACGAUGGAUGGAAACUUUUUGGGGCAUCUAUUACUGUCAGGUGGAGCCUUCGAUGGCGUGGAAGACGUCGUAUCUCCAUUUGGCUACCGGAAGGGCGAAGGCAUCGAUGCCGGGUGUGGUGAGGUGGAUUGGAUUUGCAAUCGCGACCGUCCCCGAACGGAUCCCAUCUUCGAGACGCUUCAGCCGGUUGAUGGAAAGAUUUCCGGUGCCGCGGCGAAAUCGGAACUGAUCAAAUCGAAGCUACCAAACAACGUGCUAAGCAAGAUUUGGAAGCUCUCCGACUACGACCAGGACGGCUUCCUGGACAUCGAAGAGUUCGCCCUGGCGAUGCAUUUAAUCAACGUCAAAAUGGAUGGCAAUGAGCUUCCGACAGGCUUGCCACCUCAUCUGAUCCCACCCUCUAAGCGACAGGCGGAAUAGGAUUAUUUAUCGCAAGCGCUGGAGCCCGAAAGAUACAUGCCGAAUUGCGUUCCGCUUUAUGUGUGUGUGUGUAUGUGUGCGAGCUACACUUUUAGCAUUUCUAGAACAUGGUGGUUAAUCUUCUUCAUCAGUUUCUCGCACGUCAAAUAAUGCUGCCAGCCGCUUCAAAUAUAGCUUUUGUGUUUGGUCAACCAGCAGCAGCAACACCACCCACCACAAGGUUGCCUGACAUUCUUUCGAGUGUUUAUUCACGCAAUCAUUCCUUGUGUAUCAUCUUUUGCUUAUCGUUUGACCUUGCCUUUUGCCGAUGUGUUAGCGUGCCGUUUGAUGAUACAUCGGUUGCUCUCCUUGUACUACACCACCCGCUAUAUAUAUAUAUAUCACCAAGCUUUGCCUCCUGUUGGUGCUUUUUUUUCGGUUUCGGUAACACUUCUCUGUUUCCGCCAACGGAAACGUUGAUGAAGGUGCUCAACGCAACGUGGGGAAAUUCUCGUGUGCUGUAUCAUUUUAUUUUUGCAGUUUGCUCUUCUUGGAUGUAUCUGGCGUCCUUGGUAGAAAAUAAAGAGCAACGACAACGAGUUUGCUUGGCGAUUGUGCAUGCCAAGAGCAAAAGCACACAAAAAUCCUUUUGCCUUCGUUUUGUAGCGCUUAGGCAACAUCACCUGGAGAGGCGUAGGGUGGGCGGUGUAAAGAGAAAACUGAUAGAUAUGCGCAUCAUUUUGAUAGUAAUGAGCAAACAAUAAUAGCAAAACAAAAGAAAAAAAAAACAACCAGAAAAAUGAAGCGAGAAAAUCAUAUAAAUAGGUGGCGUAGGAGAGCUCCUUGCACAAUGGC